GGCUGUCUUGGAUAGAAGAGAGAGCAAGGAGAGUGUGAGCUAGGACGCGCGUGCGCGCCUACAGUGUCACCUUGGGCGAGUGUGGGGGCACGCGCUCUCAAGUCCCGGGUGCAGUGGAGAUGGCGGCGGCGGCGGCGGCGACUCCUGGGGGCAGUGAGGUGGCUUUAAAGCCACGGACGUCCCCCAAGUCCGUCAAGUUCUUAUUCGGGGGUCUGGCUGGGAUGGGGGCCACGGUUUUUGUGCAGCCUCUAGACUUGGUGAAGAACCGAAUGCAGCUGAGUGGGGAAGGGGCCAAGACCCGGGAAUACAGGACUAGCUUCCACGCCCUCACCAGUAUCCUGAGGACUGAAGGGCUUCGAGGCAUCUACACAGGGCUGUCUGCUGGGCUCCUACGCCAGGCAACCUACACAACAACCCGACUUGGCAUUUACACUGUUCUUUUUGAGCGCCUGACUGGGGCAGAUGGGACACCCCCUGGAUUCUUGCUAAAGGCCCUGAUUGGCAUGACAGCAGGUGCCACAGGAGCCUUUGUGGGAACACCUGCUGAAGUUGCCCUGAUUCGUAUGACAGCUGAUGGUCGGAUGCCGUUGGAUCAGCGCAGAGGUUACAAGAAUGUUUUUGAUGCACUCUUGAGAAUUGCCAGGGAAGAGGGAGUCCCCACCCUUUGGAGGGGUUGUAUCCCUACUAUGGCUAGAGCUGUUGUUGUCAAUGCUGCCCAGCUUGCUUCCUAUUCACAAUCUAAACAGUUUCUCUUGGAUUCAGGUCACUUCUCUGACAACAUCUUCUGUCAUUUCUGCGCCAGUAUGAUCAGUGGACUGGUCACCACAGCAGCCUCUAUGCCUGUGGACAUUGUUAAAACCAGGAUUCAGAAUAUGCGAAUGAUCGAUGGGAAGCCAGAGUAUAAGAAUGGACUGGAUGUGCUGGUAAAGGUCAUUCGAUAUGAAGGAUUCUUCAGCCUCUGGAAGGGAUUCACACCAUACUAUGCUCGACUUGGCCCCCAUACUGUUCUCACCUUUAUCUUCCUGGAGCAGAUGAACAAAGCCUACAAGAAGCUCUUUCUCAGUGGUUGAGGAGCCCCAAGGGUGCCUGAGGACCAGGAGGACAUGACUCCCAGGAAUGGGAACCUGAGGGAUCACCUACACCCUUAUAAGCUUCAAUCUUCUCGACCCUUACCAUACAUUCACUUUCCCAAGGGGGUGUAUAGAUUCUGCCCCUCAGCCUCCCAUUCUAUUUAUUUCCCCCAACUCUUUCAUUUUUCCUCCCAUCCUAUUCCCACUCCCACCCCAACCCCUGGUGUGGUUUCUCCUGAUAUAAAGGACUUUGAUCUGUC